CGAGGACUUUCUUUCCAUCGCAACGAAGCACCCUACGGAGUAUUUGAUUCCAGUCCAGCGCAAGCCACGUCGCAUCGCGUGCAUUACAAGACAUUCCCAACGAAUCGAAGCAGAGGCAAUGUCUUGAAGCACCCAUCAUGCGUCUGGCAUUGCGAUGGCUGGCCUUUUUGAUACCGGCGAUUGUGCUGCUCGUCUAUCUUCGCCGUACCGACCGAUUGCCUUCAAGUCUCAGUGCGGCAUCAACGCCGGUGGUCGCCAUUCAAGAUGAGGAGGGUUCCAUUUCGCACAAGACCAUUUCCCUCUUCUGGCAGCGCUGGAGUCAACUGAUGUACGAGAACCGACCGGAGGGCAACAAGAUCAAGAUAUCCGGCAAUGCAGGAACGGUACCGCCGAAAGACGCGAACGGUUUUCGCCAACCUUACAACGACCUUGUCAAGAACACGGCCACCGAAAUAGAGGAGAUGCGGCGAUCGCAUCAGCGUUUUCUGAAAGAGCUCGAUGCUUCUCUGGAUGCCAUUGAUCAUGGAAUCUUCAAAGGCCGUGGUGUCGUCAUGGUUGGCGGAGGAGAAUACUUCGGCCCUGCGAUUAUCGGGAUCCAAAUGCUCAGACGAACGGGAAGCACCCUGCCCGUCGAAGUGUUCGUCCCGAAUGACAGCGAAUACGAGAAGGAGAUAUGCGAGGAGUACCUGCCAAAGCUAAACGCAAAAUGUGUGGUGCUCUCGCAUUUCCAACCGGACAAUUCUCAACGAGCUGGGGAUGUAGUGAUCAAGCAUUACCAGCUGAAGGCACCGACGCUGUUGCUAUCUUCUUUUGCCGAGGUACUCCUGCUGGACAGCGACAGCAUACCCUUAGUCGACCCUGACACCACAAUAUUCGAGGCGGAGCCGUAUCGAUCGAAUGGUCUCAUAACGUGGCCCGACUUCUGGGCUGCCACAGAAUCUCCAAAGUUCUGGGACAUUGCGGGCUUAUCCGGAUUCCCCGAGGACUUGCCCCCUACAUCGAGCGAGUCGGGCCAGCUUGUGAUUAACAAGAAGCAGCAUCUUUCGACGCUGCUUCUGGCGACAUACUACAAUCUUUUUGGGUUGGAUUUCUAUUAUCCCCUGCUUAGUCAAGGCGCGUUAGGUCAAGGCGACAAAGAGACAUUCAUGGCAGCUGCCGUGGCGCUGGGCACCCCAUACUACCGUGUCAAGGCCCCUGCAGUAGCCCUUGGAAGACAUGACGGCGGAAAGCAGAAAGGCACGGCAAUCGUGCAGCACUUGCCGCUCGAUGACUAUGCGAGUAGGCAAGGAGGCUCUGACAAGAUUCGGCCGGCCUUCCUACAUGCAAAUACGCCAAAGAUGAAUGCAGGUCAUCUGGUUGACGAGGGAGACUUGGUUUCCGUCGAUGGAAAGUCUCGCUUGAGGCUUCUUGGACCUAAGGACGAGGCCGAGAGAUUGUUUGGAUAUGACGUGGAAGAUACCCUAUGGGACUUGUUAGUCCAGACUGGGUGCGAGCUCGCUAGCAGCCUUCAUGAGUGGAAGCAAAGAGCACGACUAUGUGAGAGGUUGACCGAGCAUCAUAAAUUGGUGUUUGAGAAUCGAUAGCGACGUACAUUAGAAUCAAGAUCCUAACAAAGGCCCAAGGCAAGGCACCAUUUCCAAGAUCAUGUUAAAUAUUUACUUGCACAACCCGCCUGCGAUAAUCAUACAUAUGUU